AUGCAAACGAGCAGGGCUCCGGCCAUCAGCGUGAGCGCGGAGAGCUGCAUCCCCGCCGGGCUGCGCCUGGGUCCCGUGCCGGGCAUCUUCAAACUGGGCAAGUACCUGUCAGACCGCAGGGAGCCAGGACCCAAAAAAAAGGUGCGGAUGGUGAGAGGGGAAUUAGUGGAUGAAGCCGGGAGCUCAGCUCUGGAGUGGAUAGGGUUAAUCCGGGCCGCCCGAAACGCCCAAGAGCAGACACUGGAGGCUAUUUCGGAUCUGCCAGGAGGACAGAUUUUCUACCGGGCUUUGCGCGAUGUCCAGCCGGGAGAGGAGCUCACCGUCUGGUACUCCAACCCUCUGGCUCAGUGGUUCGACAUCCCCGUCACGGCCACCCCGACGCACGACGAGAAAGGGGAGGAGCGGUACAUCUGUUGGUACUGCUGGAGGACCUUCAAGUACCCCAACAGCCUCAAGGCCCACGUCCACUUCCACUGCGCGCUGAGCCACGGCCGGCCCUUCCUCCACCACGACCACGGCCGGCCCGCCGCCGCCUCCUUCGGCCUCUCGGCCAAGGCGGCCGCCGAGCUGCCGGCCGCGGCCCCCCGGGGCCCGGCUCUCCCCGGCUGCGGCCCGCGGGACGCCCUCAAGCGGGAGGCCGCCGCCUCCCCGCCGCCUCCGGCCAAGCCGGGGCCGCCCCGUCGGGGGGCGGGCAAGGAGGAGCAGGAGCGCGCCCUGGACAUGAGCCUGGGCGCGGCCCGCGGCCCGGGCCCGCUGCCGGGGCUGGGGGGGGGUCCCGGGCUGGCGCUGUGCCCCGGGGCCCGCUCGGCUUUCCGCCCCGCCGGGCCGCUGCGGGACGAGGCGCGGGGCGCCGCCGCCGCCGCCGCCGCCCUGGGCUUCUCCAAGCUGCUGGGGGGGCUGAAGGCGGGGCGCGCCGCCGUCGAGGCGCCGCCCAAGUGCGAGGCCGGGCCUCCCCCGGCGGCCUCGGUGGGGGCGGCCGUGGGGCUGCCGUGCGGCGGCGGGGGGCUGCGGGCCCUGCCGCUGCUCUCGCCGCUGGACGAGGCGUCGGCUUUCCGGCAGGUGGAGCGGGGGCUGCCCGCCGCCGCGGCCCUGCCCCCCGGCCGCUACCCGGCGCUGCCCGGCGGCGCGCUGGAGCGCUUCGCCCUGCCGCCGCCCUUCGACGGGCUGAAGGCGUACGCGGGCGAGUGCGGGCUGCCGGUGAUGCCGCUGACCGUCUACAACGGGGAGCUGCUGUACGGAGCCGCCGCGCCCUACUACCCGCUCAAGCUGCACCUCGGCGGGCUGCUCAAGUACCCCGAGGCCGUGUCGUACUUCGGGGGGCCGGCGGCCGGGCUGCACGCCGCCGAGCUGGGCUCGCUGGCCGGCAUCGACCGGGAGAUCGCCAUGCACACGCAGCAGCUCUCCGAGCUGGCGGCCGAGAAGGGGCGAGGGCGGCUGGAGGCGCUGCCGGGGGGCGCGGCGGGGGGCGCCGUCGGGAAGCCCAAAAGCGGGCACCUGUGCCUGUACUGCGGCAAGCUGUACUCCCGCAAGUACGGGCUCAAGAUCCACAUGCGGACUCACACGGGCUACAAGCCGCUCAAGUGCAAGGUGUGCCUGCGGCCCUUCGGGGACCCCAGCAACCUCAACAAGCACAUCCGCCUGCACGCCGAGGGCAACACGCCCUACCGCUGCGAGUACUGCGGCAAGGUGCUGGUGCGGCGCCGCGACCUCGAGCGGCACGUCAAGUCCCGGCACCCGGGGCAGAGCCUCGGCAAGGCGGCCGAGGACAAGAGUGACUCUGGCUACGCUCACCCCGAGCCGGAGCAAAAGACUGACAACGACAGCGACGUCGACGUCUGCUUCACCGACGACCAGAGCGACCCCGAGAGCGGCGGCGGGCACCGGCAGCAGUGA